AUGCUGGACAUACUGACUAGCUUUAUUUUCUCAAUAGUUGCUAAAAUUUUUAUAUUACGAUAUUCUAUGUUUACAAGUGAUUAAAUAAUUAAUAACGUCAAAUUAGUUGAUAUUCGAUGCCUCUCGGCAGUAAACCUGAAUGUGUCAAGUGUGGGACUCGAGAGACCCCGCUUUGGCAUUCAACCGAAGCCGGUAACCUUUGCAAUGAUUGCCUAGAAGAAGAAAGAACUUCCGAAGCAAAUUCAAAUGUAAAAAAUGAAGAUGAAGAUAAAGGAGGAUCAUUAAAACCUACUAGAAGAAGUACAAGGAUUACAAGAUAUUGUAAUUCUAAAUCAAUUCCACAUAAAAUUAUACCAAAGGGUAAAGGAAGAAGAAAUUUAUUCAAAAAAACUCCAGUUAAAGCGCCAACAGCUACAGCAACCCCUGUUACAAGUAAUUAUGUAUUUUAUAGAGGCACUUAUUUUCAAGUAGGUGAUAUAGUUUCUAUGCAAGAUAUUGAUGGAGGAAUUUAUUAUGCACAAAUUCGUGGUUUACUCACAGACCAAUAUUGUGAAAAAAGUGCUGCUGUUACUUGGCUUUUACCUACUAGUGCAAGUCCACCACCUGAUGAAGGAUUUAGUCCUGAAACAUAUAUUAUAGGACCAGAAGAAGACCUUCCACGUAAAUUGGAAUGUAUGGAAUUUGUAAUGCAUGCUCCAUCAGAUUAUUACAAAUUAAAAAAUACAUCAUAUCCACCACCACUUACAGAAAGGGGUACUGGAUAUAUAUGGACUACACUUAGAAAUGAAAUUGUUACAUCUAAAAAGUAAAAAGUAAAUUUUUGUUUUUUAAUUUAUUAUAGAACCUUUUAUAUUAAUAUGUAUAUUGAUUGAUUGCUUAUGUAUAAAGAAUUUUGGUGUUGAAAUAUAAAACAAUAAUUAAUGUAAAUAUGUAUAACUAAUAAUUUUUAAGAAAUGAAUGUUUGUCAUGAAUUAUUGUAAUAUUUAUUAUAUCAUUUUGUUUCAUACAAUAUAAUUUUAUUAUUAAUAAAUGGAAGUAAAUUACUUACUUAUUAAAUACAAAUAAAUUAUCACUAUCAAGUAUAUUGUUAAAAAAUAAUAGUAGAAAUGCAAUUUCUUUAAUGAAAAAUAAUUCUUCUAUAUAAAAAUAAUAAUGUAACUUUUGUAAUUAAUAAAAUAUAUUUUCUAGAUUUAUAAA